CGCUACUCCUUGUUUGCAAGACGGACUAAAGUUGUGCUUCGUAGGAAAGCAUUCCUCUACUACUGUCUCUGACUACAUCAGGGUCGAUUCUGCAAUCAGACCGCAAGCUUUGAUUUACAUCUUGUGAAUCUCUCAAAACUGUUUUGGAUCAUCGGUUGGUUUCUUUCACCGGUUUGUCAAUCUUGCCAGUUUUGAGUAUUCUCGGUUCGUGUUUGAAGCUUUCACCGUUGUCCCUGUCUUCGCAAACAUUGUCGCAUCACAAGUAUGGGAUAUAUAACGGAGGACGAGGCACUUGCGCGUGCGCUACAAGAGGAAUACGAGGCCGAAGUUCGCCGCAGUCAACGGCGGAGGCUUCAACAACAACCAGUAGCAGCAGCUUCGUACCGGACACGGCGUUUCCCCGUUCCUUCCGCGCCGCCGCACCCAGCGAUGGCGACCCAUACUCCGGAUGAAAUCAGUGAUUCCGAAUUUGCCCGCCGUCUCGCCCAGGAAGAAGAAAUUCAGGGACGUCGCAGUCGGAAUCGAAAUAUGUCUGGAAACCGAACCGAACGCAGGAAUGAGGGAUUCCUUACGGGUUCCAUGACUGAUGGACAAUACUCUCGUCAGAGCCAUGCCCAAGACAGAUCGAGUGUUUAUCAAAGCAAUAACGACCGACACGUUCGUUCUUCGUCUCGCAGUAAUUAUCCCCCUCCGGCGAUAGUAACACAAGAUAGGGACGACCCCUUCACGGGCCGAACCAUCAAUUUCGACGAGACCAUCAAGGACAGUCGUGCUGCACAAGGAAAACGUACCACCCAAACACCCGCCACGUCUCGUUCCAAUAGUAACUUGAAUCUUGACGAAAACGGCGGCGAUGCGUUAUUCGACGAGGAACUUGCGCGACGGGUAGAGCAAGAACUUAUGGACGAAGACUUGGCCAGGGAGUUCCAGCAUCGCGAACAAACCAGGGUGUCACGUCGUGAAGCCCAACGAGUUGCAGUUGUUCCAGUUCGAAGGUGUACCUGGCGUCGACUUUGCAGCUGUUUGAUACCACUUGCUAUAAUUGCUGGGGCUAUUGUGGGGGUCCUUUUCUAUUUUGGUAUUGACAAGGACGAUUUCACUGGAUGGGUUCCCAGUCCUGAGGACUUCUACAACGAGGAUCCUUUUGAUCAGGUAAACCCAGAGGACGCCGAUCGCUGGCGCGGUAACGGGCAGGGUCUCCAAAUGGAAAUUUUGAAUGCGUUGGAUGACUAUUGGUAUCCGUACUUCGUCCUAGCCGUUCAACAAUGGGACAACGGAACACCAGAUGCGUUGACGCUGUCGACGUCAAUCAGGUCCCCAGAACCGAAUUGUGAGCCAGUACAGGGAAAGCUUAAGGUUUGCAACGGAAACUAUGGAGACACUCGUUGGCGCGGUAUUAACCAGAUCUUGCUGACCAAUGGGUACAUUAUUGCGAGUUCUGCCAAAAUGAAUGAAUUUUAUCUCAGUGGCUCAGGAGAUGAUCAGAUGCAGUACACAAUGUGUCACGAAAUAGGUCACGGAUUUGGCCUCCCGCAUACGGACGAGAACUUCUUGAAUCGUGAUUUGGGCAACUGCAUGGACUACACGAACAACCCUCAAGUGAACAAGCAGCCUGACGAUUCUAACUUCCAGUUCUUGGCCGACUUGUACGGAAACGUGACAGGAACUCAGUCUGUGGCAAGCAGUGAGGUUGUUUCUGACCAAGUUGCAUCGGAGCCUGGAGAUGGCCGUGCUCUUGCCUCACAAGAUGCUGCCGAUCGAGAACUUCCGGCAUGGCUACUUUCGGCGUGGAGAGAUCUGAUUCCGCAAAUAGAACAGCAGACCGAAGCUACAGACUAUCACAAAGGUUGGCGGGUACUCCACAGUUCAAAUUUUGGGGAAGCGCAUGAACGCGAUCUUGGUCAGGGCUUCACUCUGCAGGUUCACAAGCUCAUGGUAGCUUCGGACGGCCAUAAAUAGGAUGGCAGCAAGCAGUAUAAUCUGAUUGAUGUAAAAGUGAAAUGAGAAUAAUUUAUUUGCUGCUC